AUGUCCCCUGACAGUGAGCCCCCUACGUUGGGUGCCACUAAAGUAUGGACCACGCUGAUUACAAACCUUUCGUACCUACCUGGACUUCUCACUCUUGAGUUCAGCCUCCGAAAAGUCGGUUCAAAAUACCCGCUUGUGGUUCUCUACACAGACUCUUUCCCUGCCGAAGGCCAUGCAGCUCUGGAUUCUCGGAAAAUUGCGAAGCGUCAUGUUCCCUACCUCCUUCCAUCGGUACCCAAAGAAUAUACCAAUGACACGCGUUUCUACGAUUGUUGGAGCAAGCUCACGCCAUUUUCACUAAUUGAUUAUGACCGUGUCGUGCAACUCGACAGUGAUAUGCUGGUUCUCCAAAACAUGGACGAGCUGAUGGACCUUGAAUUGGAUUCCCCAGAUAUGGCUGGCUCUGGAGAUCGCGUGUUUGGAGCGAGUCAUGCUUGCGUCUGCAAUCCUCUCAGCAAGCCUCAUUACCCAAAAGACUGGAUUCCGGAAAACUGUGCCUACACAACCCAACAUGGAUCACCGAAGCUGGCUCAGGCAACAGGUGCUGCAGCUACCGUAGGCUUAGCCAUACCUAAUGGUGGUCUUCAGGUCGUAAAUCCCUCUCGUGCUGUUUAUGAUAAGAUCAUUGCCCAGCUUUCUACACCUACGACCUCGACCUAUGAUUUCGCCGACCAGUCGCUACUUGCAGACGUAUUCCAUGGUCGGUGGGUUGCAUUGCCAUAUAUUUACAACGCAUUAAAAACCUUGCGGUGGGACGGGGUGCACAAGCCUAUUUGGCAGGAUGAAAAGGUUAAGAAUGUUCAUUACAUACUGAGCCCGAAGCCCUGGGAUGAACCGGAAGAUUUAUGGAAAGAAGAUACGGUGAUAGAACAGAAUAUGGAUGAGACCCAUGGAUGGUGGUGGAAACUGACAAAAGAGAGACGAGCAGAAGAAAAGCUUAGAGGCGUCGAUGAUAAAUUCUGA